AUGGAUGUCAAUCUUGCCUCUGCCAUCCAACGACGUUUCUCGAGCCAAAUCUCCGGGCUGAACUCUUGUCGUCCUUUUUUCAAUCAUCUCUUGGCGGCCGCCGCCUCUUCCGUAUCUGCAGGUCAAUCCGCUCCGUUUCCCGUACUAUUCUACCCGAAGCAGCCAUCAUCAGCCCAACGUCGGCCUGCCAGGAUCAUGUCCUGGUUUCAAAAGCAGUUUUCCCUACCGGCCAAGUCGCGCGGCUCCUAUCUCAUCACCGAUGAGAUCAUAUCUGCCUUGCCUGAGAUUCGAGACUACAAAGUCGGGCUUCUGAAUCUCUUCGUGCAACAUACGAGCUGUGCGUUGAGCUUGAACGAGAACUGGGAUGCCGAUGUCAGGACGGACAUGUCGGACGCUCUGGACCGCAUUGCACCAGAAGCAGGCCCCAAGGGCGAGGCUCUCUACCGCCACGAUGCCGAGGGUCCUGAUGACAUGCCAGCUCACGUAAAGUCGGCCCUGAUCGGCGCCAGCGUCACGAUUCCCAUCAAGGACGGGAAAUUGGCUACCGGGACCUGGCAGGGCAUCUGGUAUCUCGAGUUCCGCACCAGCAAGCACCAACGGCGAAUCAUGGCCACCAUGCAGGGAGAGAAGAAGGGUGAACGGAAAUGA